AUGAGUGCUGUAGGACAGGUCGAGAGCGAGAGAUCGUUGGCUGACCACGACGUCAUUUUGCUGGAGGACUCCAGUGACAACAGCGAAGGUUUCGACGACUACGAUGGGCACUUCGACAACCCGACAGAGCCCACCACGAAGCAGUCCAGUGUGGCUCCCGUGAGCGAGUACCCACAGAUAGAGAAAGGUGUUGUGAUAAACCAGUUGUCCAAUAACGACGAUUUCAUAUCUCUCUCGGACAGUGAGGAGAGUGAUGGAGAGAAGGAGAAAGAGGAGAAGGACGGCACCAACGUGGAAGCAGCAGCAUUAUCGGGGGAUAACGCUACGAAGAAACAGGCUGCAGUAACCCCAGCCGCGGGUGAUUACCCCUGGAUCACAAACCACGACCACUCGAAACAGAAAGAGAUUGCCGACUGGCUCACUUUGGAGGUGAAGGACUUUAUCUCGUACAUUUCGCCCAACAGGGUAGAGAUCAAGCAACGUAACACCACCAUUGGGAAGAUCAGGGCCGCCGUGUCCGAACUGUGGCCAGACGCCGAUCUACACGUUUUCGGGUCGUAUGCGACAGACUUGUACCUUCCAGGUUCCGACAUCGAUUGUGUGGUGAACAGUAAGGGCGGGGACAAGGAGAAUCAGAGCAGCCUUUACAAACUGGCCACGCACUUGAAGAAAAACGGGCUGGCCACAGAGAUCGAGAUCAUCGCCAAGGCGCGGGUCCCCAUCAUCAAAUUUGUGGAGCCGGAAUCACGGAUCCACAUCGACGUUUCCUUUGAGAGGAUCAAUGGUCUCGAGGCAGCAAAACUUAUCCGUGAGUGGCUUGAGAGCACUCCAGGUUUAAGGGAGCUUGUCCUCAUUAUUAAACAGUUUCUGCACUCAAGAAGGUUGAACAACGUUCACACUGGUGGUCUGGGCGGAUUCAGCAUAAUAUGCCUCGUGUAUUCGUUUUUGAGCAUGCACCCGCGUGUUAUUACAAAUGAGAUUGACCCGAUUGAUAAUCUCGGGGUGCUCCUUAUUGAUUUCUUCGAAUUGUACGGUAAAAACUUUGGGUACGACGACGUGGCCAUAAGCUUGUCAAACGGCGUCCCAAGCUACCUACCGAAGCGAGAGUGGAGGGAAUUGCAUCCGAUUCGGAACAGUUUUGCGUUGGCUAUACAGGACCCGGGGGACCGUGCCAAUAAUAUAAGCCGUGGAACUUUCAAUAUACGAGAUAUCAAAAAGGCCUUCGCCGGUGCGUUUGACCUUCUUACAAUCAGGUGCUACGAACUGGACCAGGCGUUGUUUAGUGAGAGAGUUGGGAAGAGUAUCCUGGGUAAUGUUAUAAAGUAUAAGGGCAAGCAGAGGGAUUUCAAAGACGAGAGAAACUUGGUGCUCAACAAAGCCAUCAUCGAGAACGAGGACUUCCAUAAGAAGCGUAGUCGAACAGAUGACGACGACGAGCUCGACAAGCACAACGACGGGAAGCCAGAGAAGAAGCGCAGCAAGACUAAGAAACCGAAAAAGACCUCCAAAAGGCGAAGUCAGGCUUCACAGGUUGAAGCGUACCAAGAGGAUAACGACGAUUACAACCCUCAAGAGUACUGA